ACCCUCCUCUAGAUCGUAAUCUACUUGGAUGAGUAUUUGGCCCGCCGCGCGGGUGUUGAAUCCCAUAUAAUUCCAUUUGGGCGCACCGCCUCUCAACUCACUCUUGAUCCAUUCUCCUUCUCUUUCCCUACAUAAGUCGUAUCCCAUUCCAGUUGGCACAAUCAUGGGUCGGAGCAAUCGGACCAGAGUGACGACGGAUAAGCACGGUUGUCUAUUGUGCAAAAUUCGGCGGAAGCGGUGCCCCGAACCCCAAUCCGGCAGGCCUUGUAGUGAGUGUGGGCGACUUCAACUGCACUGUUCACAGUGCUAUGGGCCCGGCACGCCCGUCUGGCUUGAUGAAAGUGCCAAAAAAAGGGUCAUGGCGACCAUUCGAGACUGGACGAUGAGGCGAUCGUAUCAGCGUGCCACAAAGCAAUCGCCUCCCGACCUGCAAGACCUGUUCUUGCGACUGCAGCAGGAGUUCGAAGGUGUACAAAUGGCACCGCCAGAGCAACCAGUUUCUCCUCCCAGCACUAACCACAUUCCAUGGUCAAUUUCACUGGCGCCAGCCUUCCCGUCACCGCAAUUCUCUACCGGUGCCCCCAUUACUGUCGACGAUAAUUACAGAAUCAACGGACAAAAUGAAGCCACUCGCAUGUUACAUCUUGAUUUAGGCGCGUUAGAUGUCCUAGGGGCCUCUGAUUCUUCUCGACUCCACUUUGGUUCGCCAUGGAUGGGGGGCGCCGUUCUGAUGCCGCCGGCUGAACACUAUGUUCAACAACACCCCUUUGAAGCGGCACUCCCUCCUGAUAAUAUCAGAUCAUCUGAUUCAAUGGGACUAACUUCUACGUCGCACAGCGGUUCUAACUUCGCAAUAGGAACGCCGUCCCCGCAAUUCAUGCUCCUGCAGCCACCCCUUCAAGGACGCCGCCACGCGCCUUCCCCAGUAAGCGUCCCGGGCCCCACUCCCGAACCCUACCGGGAAGGACAAGCUGGCCCUGGACCCUCAACGCAGGCGAACCGAAGCCUCAGCCGCCGGCAAAUGCGAUACUUCCCCAACCAAAGUGCGAGGCUGUACAGCAUAUUGUCGGUGGACGAGCCCCCUUGUUUGAUGCCCUGAUCAUGUAGGAUCACCUCUCUGUCCAUGGCUUCAGCAUACGAUACAAAAAGGAUCUAUAUUUCCAAAUGGCUAUCCCCACACGGUACCCGGAAGCUAACCGCGGUUACUGCCAAAGACAUCUUUGGACUUCGAACCAAUGCACCCAAUGCACCGUGAUUCCCAUCAGGACGUUCUGACUCAUUUCCUUCUGAUUUUAAUCGCCAUUUGUCAAGUUUGGUCCCGCGUGGUGUACGACCUUGUCCUCAUUAGACACUA